AUAAUAAAUUAUUACGUUCAGGAUUUGUAAUUUUAUUAAAAGAUGAAAAAGUAGAUGGAUUAGAAGUAAUUAAUGUUGGAAAAUAUAGUUUAUUUGGAGAUGAUGGAACUGAUAUAAUUUGUAAUUGGAAUGGUUAUCCAUUAUUAGUACAAUGUAAAUUUCGUAGUAUAUGUGAUAAUUGUGUUAGUAAAAAAAAAUAUUGUACUCAUAGUUAUUGGAAAGCUGAUAUGAUAAAUGAUAUUAAAAAAUUAGAUAAAAAAUUAUCUGAAUAUAAAAUACCUAUAUUUGGAAUAUUUAUUAUUAGUGAAAGAAUAAAAAUUCACGAUGAUGUCAAUAAAUUAAGAUUUGCUAAUGAUAUGGUAGUUGUUAAUUAUUCUAAUGAAUUAAAUAAGCAAAUUAAUAUGUUAGGUGAAUAUUUUUUAGUAAAGACACAAAAGAUGGAAUGGUCUAUAAGUCUUGAUAAUAAAAAACUUAUAGAAUUACAAUCAGCAUAUAGACAUUUAGAACAAAUAGUAGAUGAUAAAGUAGAAAAAGUAACUAAAAAAUUUUUUGAAAAUACAAAAAAAAUACUUUAUUAUAUUAGACAAGCAUAUUAUAUCAAUAGUUUAGAUGACAUUUGUAAACUUUAUAAUAAUUUAUAUGGUUCACCUGGUGGAAAAGUUGAAGAUAAUGAAGAAAUUAAAGAGGCUGCUGAACGAGAAUUAUUUGAAGAAACUGGAAUAUUAGUAAUUAAUAAACUUGAUUUAAUAAUGAUUAAUAAUUAUGAAAAUAGAUGU